AUGGCCGAAAUCCUACAGAAUACAUCGGGCCACUCUAGCCCUGACAGCUCGGAGGUCAACGUCGAUUCGAUGGACAAAAACGGGACACAUGUAACCUUCAACGAGCAAACAAACUAUGUGCCCAGGCGGACAAUUAUCACAAUCUUUUUAGCCUGUUCCAGCGUGGACCUGCUCGCACUGAUGGACCAAACAACGUUGGCAUCGUCUCUGUCGAUUAUUGGGAAUGCAUUGGGGGCCAGUGAUCAGACAUCUUGGAUCUCCGGAGGUUACUUUGUAACAUCAACGUGCUUCCAGCUUCUCUAUGGAAAACUCUCAGAUAUCUGGUCGCGGAAGAUAGUUCUGUUCGUCGGCCUUGCCAUUUUCUUCUUUGGCUCGCUAGCGGCCUCGCUCUCCCAGACAGUCACCCAGCUCAUCGUCUUUCGGGCAUUGACAGGUGUUGGUGGUGGUGGGCUGAUGACGGUUGCCCAAAUGAUUGUGAGCGAUGUCGUUCCUCUUCGUGAGCGAGGCAAAUACCAAGGCAUCCUUGGGGCUGUGGUGGCCAUUGCAAAUGGAAUUGGGCCCGUCAUCGGUGGUGCAUUGGCAUCAAUCUCGGAGGACUCGUGGCGGUGGAUUUUCCGUAUGAACCUGCCAUUGACGGCCCUCACAACUCUAUGUGUGCUUUUUUUCAUGCCGUUGAGGAAGGUUGAGGGUGAGUGGAGGGUGAAGCUGAAAGCAGUAGAUUUCUUUGGUGCACUACUAGCUCUUGGGGGCACUUCAGUGUUUCUAUUAGGGCUCAAUUGGGGAGGUGGUGAGUACAAAUGGUACUCAGCACAUGUCAUUGCGACUUUGGUUGUUGGCUUUUCUAUCUCGGUCGCAUUUGCUGCAUGGCAGUGGAAGGGUGCAAGAGUACCAUUGGUACCGAUGCACAUAUUCAGAAGCCGGAUUGUCAACGGUUCAUGCUUAACGAUGUUUGUCAAUGGGUGGAACUUUUUGGUCCAGGUGUAUUAUAUCCCCACCUUCUACCAGCUGGUGUUUGGAUAUUCGACAGUUAUCUCGGGUGCAAUGCUGCUUCCAAUUACACUGAUGCAGACCGUCAGUAGUACGCUCUCCGGUCUUGUUGUCCACUGGAUUGGCCGUUACCGAGAAUGCAUUCUACUUGGCUGGAUCAUCUGGGCAGUGGGUCUCGGGCUUUUCUCAACCCUGGAUGAGUCCUCUGGGAUUGGGAAGCAAAUCGGAUACGGUAUUCUGACGGGUGUUGGUGUUGGAAAUACUUUACAGCCGUCUCUCAUUGCAGUCCAAGCAGGCGUUGAGCGCCGAGACAUGGCUGUUGUCACCUCAUUCCGGAAUUUUGUGCGAAACUUUGGUGGUACGCUAGGCCUUGCAAUUGCCGGCACAAUCAUUAACAACGUCGUCGCAUCGUCAAUCUCGGUCCUUGAUCUUGGUCAAUCCGAGUCGCGGCUCCUAUUGUCAAGCCCACAGUCCUAUCUAUCCAGUCUCUCGGCCGAUGAUGCCAAGCGUAUCCGAAGCGUCUUGAUACCUGCCUACAAGAAAGGUUUCCGGAUCAUCUUCAUCAUUGGGGCAGCCUUAGCAGCGUUCGCUUUCUUCUUAGCAUGCUGGCUUAUGCCACAGGUCACAUUGAAGCGUGAUGAUGACGAAAAGCUAAAGGAGGAGGGAAAGAAGCGGAUCAUUGGAGAGCUUGACGAGGAAAAGCGCGGUUGA